AUGGGUGGUGCACUUAUGUGCAAUUUGCUGCUAUCUUUGUUCCUUUACCUGAAAAAUAGAGGUGCAGAACCAGCUAUCGAAAAACCUUUCACUCUCAAUAAUUAUUGGAUGCCUUUUGACGAACAGAAGUAUCACUUGAUGGGGCAUAUUUACACGAAUGUUGUUUGCACUUCGGUUGGUUUAAUCGUGGUUUCUGGAGAUUUUUUCGUGUUGGCUCCGGUUUUGUACCUCAAUUGUAGAAUAAAAACACUUAAGUUUGUUCUGAGGAAUCCAAGUUUGUUCCUCGAUAAAAAUGAUCCAUCCAGAGAGAACUAUUACAAUUUGAGCGAAACUGUUUCCGAUGUGGUUAAUAUUUUACCUUUAGCAUGUGGAACAUUCGUCUUCUUUCAGCUGUUCAUCGUUUACUGGCAUGGGCAAAUACUGAUAGAAGAGAGCGGUAGCAUUUCUUCUGCGAUUUUCCAGGGUGACUGGGAUGAAGCGGAUCAAAAAACCAAAAAAAUACUUAUCACCAUGAUGACGAGAUCUGUUCAACCAUUGAGUUUGACGGUUGGUCCUUUAUUUGUGGUCAAUUUGGAACUUUUUCUGAAGAUUACUAAAUCAGUCUACACAAUAACCACCCUUUUUUUCUAAACUAGAGACGAAUAGAUUCGACCUUGGAGAAAUACUUGAAAUGAAUUGUGAAACAUUCAUUCAUAAAUAUUUAUUGAUUGCACUUUUACGUUGAUGGAUUAAUUAAAGCAAUUAAAUUAGAACCUAUACCUACAAUAUCUUUUG